CUCUUUUGAUUUUAGCUUUGUUCGGACUCCAAAAACUUAUAAAAUCCCAAUACCUUACCUAUACUGCAAUUCAAUCUCCUCUUACGCUUUUUUGUUGCCAUAAUUUUCGAUUUCUAGCACUCAUCACCGCUAAUUUUCGGCUUCAUUGUAAGGGCAACCUUGCAUUACCCUAGCUAUGGAUUUAGGUGAUUACAGAAAGCAAGGUAGUGUUCCUCCGUCUCGCCUCAAUUAUAGAGGAAAUGGUGAUGACAAUUCUGCAGAAGAUCUAGCUUGGGCUGAUUCCUGUCUUAUUGGAGAUCCUGAAAUAUCAGAAGGCGACUUGGAUUCUUUCAGAAAUGCAUUUGCCUUAUUAGAUAUUCAGUCUUCCCAACUGAAGUCUUCUGUGGAUCAGAAGGGUGAAUUUUGUGAAGCAGCUAACGAAAAAAUUUUCCUCUUUGGUAGAAAAGGCAGAAGUUCAUUGAUGCUGGACAAGCCAACUACUUAUAAUCCUCCUCCCGAAAAUGAAAAAGAGGAGCGGAACAGAAUUAGGUAUGAUCAGAUUAUGUUGAACAAUGAACAAGAGGGGAACAUGAUUGAUUAUUAUCCGAUUAGUUUGAGCAAUGAACAAGAGGGGAACAUGGUUGAUUAUUAUCCAUUUAGUUUGAGCAAUGAACAAGCAGGGAACAUGAUUGAUUAUGAUCAGAUUCUUUUGAGCAAUGAACAAGAGGGGAACAUAUUUGAUUCUCAGCAGAUUAAUGAGAGCGCCAAUACUUUCAGCUCAAAAUUUGACUCAGAGAAUGUUUUCCUUCCAACAUACAAUGAAAACCAGAGGAUAUUUGUUACUGAUGAUCCUGAGAAGGACUCGAAUUUUCCAGCAUUUCUGGAGGAUCUACCAGCUGAGAAUAUCUUCAAGGUCUGGGAAUUUGAUAUUCCAGAUGAGGAAGAUGAACUCAUAGGGCAGGUGAAAAAAGCCAUAGCUCAACGCUCCUUAGAGCAAGGAGCGAAUGACCAAUCACUGGAUGAUAUCAUUUCAGGCAUCGCUGACAUGUCUCUGAGCCCGAACUUCAGUUGAAGACCAAGUUCUAAACAUUUUGUUAAUUUCUGCUAAUUCUAUGAUAUGUUUAUUAGUUUAUGGCAUAACUCCUGACUUUAUAUCUUUUAGUUAAUAUACAGGUCGUUUGAUGUAUCCAGUGUACAUCUGCAUUCUUGAGAAUCAUAAAUCUUUUUGAGGGUUAAUGAAAACUAUUCUGAACUAGGAA